CGAUCGGCGGCGGCGGCGGCGGCGGCGGCAGCGCUGCGGGAGCUCCGGCGGCCGCGAUCCUAAUGGCUGCGCGCGGGCCGCGGUGAGCGCCGGCGGAGAGCGACGGGCGUGGGGCCGCGGAGAGCGAGAGCGAGCGCGGCCGGACCCCGGCCAGGCCCGGCCUGACCGGCCGAACCCGCGAUGCGCCCCGGGGCCGCCCCCUGGCGCAGCUGACGCCGCGGCCCGCGGAGACCCCGGCUGGCCGGCCCCGAGGAGCGGCCGCCCCGGCCCAGGCCGCGAUGGCGGGGAAAGCGGCCGCCCCGGGCACCGCGGUGCUGCUGGUCACGGCCAACGUGGGCUCGCUCUUCGACGACCCAGAAAACCUCCAGAAGAACUGGCUUCGGGAAUUUUAUCAGGUCGUCCACACCCACAGGCCGCACUUCCUGGCCCUGCACUGCCAGGAGUUCGGAGGGAAGAACUACGAGGCCUCCAUGUCGCACGUGGACAAGUUCGUCAAAGAACUGCUCUCCAGUGAUGCGAUGAAGGAGUAUAACAGGGCCCGCGUCUACCUGGAUGAAAACUACAAGUCGCAGGAGCAUUUCACGGCACUAGGGAGCUUCUACUUUCUUCACGAAUCCUUAAAGAGCAUCUACCAAUUUGACUUUAAAGGCAAGAAGUACAAGAAAGUCGCGGGGAAGGAGAUCUACUCGGACACGCUGGAGAGCACGCCCAUGCUGGAGAAGGAAAAGUUCCCGCAGGACUACUUCCCCGAGUGCAAGUGGUCAAGGAAAGGCUUCAUCCGGACGAGGUGGUGCAUUGCGGACUGCGCCUUUGACUUGGUGAACAUCCAUCUUUUCCACGACGCUUCCAACCUGGUGGCCUGGGAGACCAGCCCGUCGGUGUACUCGGGGAUCCGGCACAAGGCCCUGGGCUACGUGCUCGACAGGAUCACUGACCAGCGCUUCGAGAGGGCGUCCUACUUUGUCUUCGGCGACUUCAACUUCCGACUGGACUCCAAGGCCGUGGUGGAGACCCUCUGCACGAAGGCUACCAUGCAGACCGUGCGGGCCGCCGACACCAACGAGGUCGUGAAGCUGAUAUUCCGUGAGUCCGACAAUGACCGGAAGGUGAUGCUCCAGCUCGAGAAGAAGCUCUUUGACUACUUCAACCAGGAGGUUUUCCGGGACAACAACGGCACUGCGCUCUUAGAAUUUGACAAAGAGCUGUCUGUCUUUAAGGACAGACUGUAUGAACUGGACAUCUCAUUCCCUCCCAGCUACCCGUACAGCGAGGACUCCAGCCAGGGCCGGCAGUACAUGAACACCCGGUGUCCCGCCUGGUGUGACCGCGUCCUCAUGUCCCUGUCCGCCAAGGAGCUGAUUCUGAGGUCGGAGAGCGAGGAGAAGGCCGCCACUUACGACCACAUCGGGCCCAGCGUCUGCAUGGGGGACCACAAGCCCGUGUUCCUGGCCUUCCGCGUGGCGCCCGGGGCAGGUAAACCUCACGCCCAUGUGCACAAGUGUUGUGUGGUGCAGUGACGUGGUGGGAAGCGAUGCCCGCGCCGCGAGGGGACCCCCGGCGAGCCCUCCCUGCAGCUCGAGGAGCAGACGGACGGACGGACACGGACGCCGCAGCCCAUCGAAACCCGCCCAAGCGCCACCUGCUAGACGGCCGGCCCCACCCUUCGCUUCAGCCUCCGGACGGCCGCUCCGGAAAGCCUCUCAUACCUCACUGUCACUGUCGUGUCUGUUCGUGUGACAUCAAGUAGAAAUAUUGGGUUUUUUAAAACGAGUCACGGUCCUGUUGCCAAAACUCUAAUAGACAGCGAAGAGAUCCUGUAUUUUAGACUCCACAGUUUUCGAUUUUUAAUCACUGUCAGCGUGGAGGAGCUUCUCCAGCAAGGAAACCCCACGGGGUCGGUGUCCCCUCCGGCAACCGAGGGGGCGGGCGGGGCUCUGCUGGGGGGCACGGCCUCGCUUUCACUUCCGAUGGCCCCCCUUCCCUGUUAGUCACUCUACUGCCAUGUUACAUGGUUUUUGAAUCACACUGCAGCUGCUUCCCAUUUUUAUAUAUAUAAAUAUAUAUAAAUAUAUACUUUUUAAAAAUAAUUUAUAAACCUUACCAAAACUUACGCUAAAUAUACUUUCCAGUAUGAAGGCUUUGUCAUAUCAGCAGGUAGAAUCGGAGUCUAGGAGUUCGGUCACGUGUAGGUCAACACGCGAGGCUCUAAAAAACAAGGGAAAUGACCGAGCCGAACCAUCACGGGUCACAGCGGCAACGGCACAUCUGCACUGGCAGUCGGAGACUCCUAGGCACCUUUCUGUGUGAUAUUCAGAACUGAAUGUGAAGUUUAUAGCUAGCGCGGGUGUACCUUUUAAGAAUUUUGUAAACCGUUUUGUCUGUCUUUUGUUACUGUCCUAUGGUGCCAAGUAUUCUACAUAAAACAAUGAUAUCAUGGGAGAAAUAAAAAUAGCCUAGUCUGCUUCUGAUAGAAACUGCUUUACCUGGGCUGUGCGUAAACACAUUCAGAGAAACCAAACUGUGCACGUCCUCUGGCUGCUCAGCCUCAGACGGCCUGUGUCGUCACCCUGCUGCAAGUACUUGCGCCUGGCUCCCGGUGCGGCAGCGAGAGGCGACCCCCAGGGCCCGCGGAUGAAACACAAGCGUACGUUUUAUUGAUCUGCUUUAGAACACUACAGAACUCCGGGCUGGGGGAAGGCGCUGGGGAGAAGCUUGUUUUUAGAUAAAUCACUACUGUUGCAAGCGACCUGGUGUCCGCUUGCCGAACCUGUGUCCUUGAUGAUACGGUCGGGGUCUGUGUCAUGCUGUGGUCACUCUGCUCUGUCCACGGGCCGCACGGCCGUUCUGCCCCCACGGUGAUUCUGUGUAGCGGGGUUUCAGCGGUUGGUCACUGUGCAGGCCUUUGGAAAUGACCGCUCCGGUUCCUAAGCAAUAAAAUUGACCGUGGUGAAAAA